AUGAACCACAGCAGCUGCAAUAUCACAGCCCAUGGAGUAUUUUCAGUUUUCCAGCUGUGUGUUUACAUCCCAGUUUUGGUUUUGGGCAUUGUGCUGAACGUGUUGGCGCUGUGGGUGUUCUGCUGCAAACUCGGCAAAUGGACAGAAACCAGAGUAUACAUGGUCAACUUGGCUGUGGCUGACUGCUUGCUGCUCUUCACCUUGCCAUUUAAAACCCUGUCCCAGUUCCAGCACCUGAAGGCGGACGGGUGGUGCCUGGUUCUGGAAGGUGGUUAUUUCCUAAACCGCUUUAUGAGCAUUGGCAUCAUCACCAUCAUCGCCGCCGACAGGUACCUGGCAAUCAAGUAUCCUCUGAGAGCCAAAGCGCUGAGGUCGCCACUAAAGGCAGCUUUUGCCUCUGGAUUCCUUUGGAUAGUCAUCAUCUGUGAGACCUCCCUCAUUAAAAGCUUUGAGGACCGAAGAGAAGAUGACUUUUGCUUUGAAAAAUCUUCUGUGACGCCCUCGGUGAUCACACUGUGCACCAUCAUUACAGGGUUUUUCAUACCGCUGCUCAUCCUGAGCUACUGCUCCGUACAAAUCAUUGCAGAGCUCAGGAGGAAGAAGGGUGAGAGCUGCCACAACGAAAAGCUGACCAGGAAAGCUGUCUACAUUGUGUCUGCAAACAUGGCUGUGUUCAUCAUUUGCUUUUUGCCUCUUUACCUCGGGCACCUGCUCCGCUUCUUCUUGGACUCGCUCAGCUCCGACUGCUCGGCCAUACAGAGCAUCAACAACUUCGUCCACUUCUCCUCCAUCCUGGCCAACACCAACUGCUGCCUGGAUGCCAUUUGUUACUACUUUGUCAACAAGGAAUUUAAGGAAGCAUCUUCCAAGCUAGCAAAGUCCAAAUCUGGGGCCAGUGAAGAAGAUGAAAUUUAG